GGUACACAUUUCAGGGUUGGUAACAUUUAUGUAUUCGAGAUUUCCAGAGCAUUUCUGAAAGGCUGUGUUCGUUCUCCGACAACUUCCUCUUCCGAGUGGUCUUUCAUGUGCGGCACAGUGCAUUGAGCAAAAUGACGACCACCAUUUCAAAGAAACGAAAGUUCGUCGGAGACGGAGUCUUCAAAGCUGAGCUCAACGAGUUCUUGACUCGUGAGCUCGCUGAGGAUGGUUACUCCGGCGUGGAGGUCCGUGUGACCCCCUCCCGCACUGAAAUUAUUAUCAUGGCCACUCGCACCCAAAACGUUCUUGGAGAGAAGGGCAGACGCAUCCGUGAGCUCACCUCCGUUGUGCAGAAGAGGUUCAACUUCCCCGAGAACUCUGUUGAAUUGUAUGCCGAGAAGGUUGCUACCCGUGGUCUGUGCGCCAUUGCUCAGGCUGAAUCCCUCAGAUACAAGCUGAUUGGUGGUCUUGCUGUCAGGAGGGCUUGCUAUGGUGUUCUCCGCUUUAUCAUGGAGAGCGGUGCCAAGGGUUGCGAGGUGGUGGUCUCUGGCAAGCUGAGGGGACAGCGUGCCAAGUCCAUGAAGUUCGUUGAUGGUCUUAUGAUCCACAGUGGUGAACCCACCAAUGACUAUGUUGACACAGCUACUCGUCACGUGCUCCUUAGGCAAGGUGUCCUGGGAAUUAAGGUUAAAAUUAUGUUGCCCUGGGAUCCCAAUGGCAAGACUGGACCCAAGAAGCCUCUGCCUGACAAUGUAUCUGUGGUGGAGCCCAAGGAAGAAAGUCUUCCUCUUGUUCCAUCAAGUGAUGUUAAGGCAAGCAAACCUGAUGCUGCACCAGUUGUUUGAACUACUUUAAUAUAAAAAUUAAGAAAACAUG